AUGGCUUUUGCAUAUCCAAGUCUAAGAGGAAUUAAUCACCGCGAUAUUGCCAUCGCCACGGCUACAACAGCAGAUAGCAUUAAUUGGCUUAAGAGACAUGGCCUUUUGAAUACCCAGAAAAUAUGUAUAUCGUGUGGAGGUACCAUGAGUGAAAUAGCGAAAAAAAGUAUAUCGGAUGAAGUAAUAUGGUCGUGUGGAAGGCCUUGUCGAAAAACCGUUUCAAUUAGAAAAGGAACAUUUUUAGAAAAUAGUAAAUUGAAGUGUCAACAAAUCAUAGAUAUAUUAUAUUACUGGGCCAAAGAAGAUUUAGCAAAGGGAAUAGGACAGGAAUGUCAUUUAGCAAAUGUAGCCGUAACAGAUUGGAGGAAUUUUUGCCGUGAUAUAUGUGCAGAAUAUUAUGUUGCACAGAACAUUAAGCUCGGAGGACCGAACCGAAUCGUAGAGAUAGACGAAAGCACGUUUGUUAGAAGAAAAUAUAAUGUUGGCCAUCGGGUUAAAACGCAGUGGGUGUUUGGUGCGUUAGAAAGAGAUACCAGAAGAUGUUUUUUAGUGGCAGUGGAAGAUCGGGCAGCGGGUACCCUUUUACAAAUUAUAGAAGACCGUAUAUUGCCUGGUACAACCAUAAUUUCCGACCUUUGGCGUUCGUAUAAUACGCUCAAUCAGCUAGGAUACAGACAUUUGACCGUGAAUCAUUCAAUAAAUUUUGUUGAUCCGGUAAUCAUUGCCACAACCAACCACAUAGAAUGUUUAUGGAAACAUGUGAAGAAUCGUAACAGAAGAGAAAACGGAACAGCCCGAAAUUUACUUCAGACCCAUCUCAUCGAAUUCAUGUGGCGCUAUGAAUUUAAGGACGAUAUAUUCGGAAAGUUGAUGGAGCAAAUUCGACAGCUAUAUCCAUGUGUUUGA